UCCCCUCUCCUCUCCAGAACAAUGGCCUGCCAAGAGAGUGAGUACCUGGAUGACCAGAAGAAAUGUGUCCCCUGCAGAAAGUGCAUGCCUGGGCAGGAGCUUUCCAAGGACUGCGGCGACGGCAGCGGCGGGGACGCGCAGUGCGUGGCCUGCCCUCCCAGGAAGUUCAAGGACCGCUGGGGACAUCACGGCUGCAAGCCCUGCCUGUCCUGCGCCCUCAUCAACCGCCUCCAGAAGUCCAACUGCACAGCCACGGCCGACGCGGUCUGCGGGGAGUGCCUGCCGGGGUUUUACCGGAAGGCGCGGAUCAGCGGGCAGCUGGAGUGGGAGUGCAUUCCCUGCACCAAGCAGACGCCAUCCUCCGAGCCGCAGUGUCGGUCCAGAACAAACCUGGUGAAGGUCGCUGUCCCUACUGUACCACCCCAGGACACAGCCCUUCUUGCACUAACCAGCAGUGCCCUGGUCAUCAUCGUCCUGGUGCUUCUGGCACUUUCCAUCAUCUACUGCAAGCGAUUCUGGAAAAGCCAGUGCCAGAGAGUCUUCCUGAGGACUCAGAACUUCUCGGGCCAGCGAGCAACGUUCCCGACUGCUGCAGCACCCAGCAGGUUCCUGUGCGAGGAGCAGAUGUCUGGACCCUGCUGCCUGGGUGUGAAGAAUUUGAGCCCUUGCUACAGGCAGGCAGAAGGCCCCGUGGAAGCGGUGCAGUUCAUUUCGGAUGGGGAAGCCGUGGGUCUCCAGCUCCCCUCUCUCCAGCCAGAGAUGGACUUGCCACCAGCCAUUACAGCCAGCACUGCCUCCAAGGCCCAGCUGGGCAGGAGCCUCCUGGAAAGCCAGCCCCUCAUCCGAGCCUCAGGCCACAGUGACUGCCUGGAGGGGGUCCUGCCACCCCCCACCCCCCGGCAGGGCCGGCCGGGCACGGUGGAGGCUCUGGCCCCCCUCUCCUCCUGCGCCUCCGAGAUGCAGCACAAGUGGCCGCAUGCACCCGUGGAGUGCACUGAGCUGGACCUCCAAAAGUUCUCCACCCAGGCGGAGUUUGUGGGUGGUGAGCGGCUGGAGGAUGCAGCGAGCCGGGCGAUGAAGAGGAUUCCAGCAGAGAGCGGCGGUGGGGUGCAGGAGGGGGCUCACCACUUGCCCACGGCCGAAAUCCCACCUGGGGAGCAGCCGGUGGAUGAUGCCCAGAGCCUGGUGACUCAGAUCAGCAGCACAGCCAAAGGUCUCCCCAUAGCAGAGCUGCCCCAUUCCUUGGUGCAGUCGCUUGCCUUCCUGUUGGACCCUUCCCUGAACGGUGUGAAGAACUUCAGCCAUGUGGCCCUGGAGCUGGGGCUCAUGCCUCAGCUGCUGGGACGGAUUUCGGGGUUUGAGCAGCUGGUCUCACACUUCACCUACGCGGGAGCGGCGGUCACUGUCCCGCUGCUGGCGCAGGCGCUGCAGCGGCUCCAGCGGUUUGACGCCUUGCUCCUGCUCUGCGACCACUUCACGCUCAGCCCCACGCCGGACCGCCAGCGCUAGAGGACAGGGAGGGAUGGAGGAAGCUCCAUGCACUGUUACUCAUGUGAGAGAGGAUCCAGUGGCCUGCAGCCACACAAGCUCCCUGGUGUGCAUGGCAGGAGGACACAGAGAAUGUCUUUGCAUCAUGGAGUGGAAGGACACGACAGGGCCGUCUCUGCACAGGGGUUUCGGAAAGCACUGUGCCUUUUCCCUGCUCCAUAGGGGAGGGCUUGCUCAGGCUCCUCCAGAGGUUGUUUUUCUCUGGCUGUGACAUCCUUGCCUCUUGCUGUGCUGUGAUGCUCUGGCUCUGCAGUGAGCCCUGUCCUGCCCAACUGUUGCCAUGUGGUCCCUCAGCCAUGGGGCUUGGUCUCUGUGGGCAAUGUCCUCCUAUGAGCCCAGCCAUCUCCUCCAUUCCAGCUUUCCCAUCCUUCCUCUGGCCCAUGCUCUGCUUUCCCAGGUGCCAAUUGCCACUGUCUCAGUUUACUUUUCAGUUGCUUCUCUCUGUGCUGCGAUUUCCUUGGCACAGGACUUGGCCGUGGCUGAUGUGCCAGGCUCCAACCUUUGUCCCUCUGUGCCACCCUGGCACCUUCCUCUCGUGUCCAUUUGUGGUGUAGGGUAGCAUCCUGGCGUGAGUUUCGGACUGAUUCUGGGGAUGAGCUGAUGUAACUCCUCGUUGGGCUGUGGCUGUUGGCCAUGGGCAGGUGCUGGCUCACCCCAGCCCUCUGGCUGUUCGCUGCCCAUCGCCUCCAAGGCUUCGCAAACCCUGGUGGCAGAGUGUGUCUGGGGCAGGGACACUGCACCGCGGGUGGCAGCUGAGGGCUGAAGCUGUGACUGGUCACAGGCAGCAGUGACGUUCCUGUGCCAGCCACAGCAGGAACUCCUCCUCUUUUAAAAUAAUAUUUUUCUUUUCUUUUCUUUUUUCCCUGCCUAAAAAUGGCCCGAUUUCUCAUUCCUGGGAGUUGCUACUGGGAAGAGAGAGCACCCUUCUGCUUGGUAUUCCAUCCUGGGGGAUUUGUCAUAACUUGCCACAGUCUUGCUGUCACCGGUCACCCUGAUUUUGGUGUUGCGCCUGAGCCUGGGGGCUCCAGGCAGCUGGGCUGCUCUCGGUCUGCCCUGGCCCCUGGGGCUCUGCUGGUGGCCCCGGACAGGAGCGGGGGCUGCAGGAGCACGUUCCUGAGCGGGGCACAGCGGUGCGGGGGCGGCCAGGCACGCGGGGCGUGCGGAGGCAGAGCAGCUGCGGCGGUGGCUCAGCGCCCAGCGGCACGGACGGCCCACGGUGCUGUUAACAUCAGGGCUUGAGGGUUCCAUCCCUCUGUGGGCCAUUCGCUUUAGAGACAGGUUCCGUGAUCUUUGUGGUCCCUUCCAGUUCCGGAUGUUCUGUGAUGUGAUAGGUGUCACCCUAGCUGUCCCGAAAUUCCCGGACAGCGUGGCAGGGGCGCUGAGCUGGUGGCACUCGCUCUGCCUCUGUUGUUUCAUCCCUCGCUGCCGUGGCUGGCUCUGCCGAGCGCUUUCUGCCGUCCUGCCUGUCACCGGGGUCUCAGGCCCGGCCGGUGGUGUGGUGGUCACCAGCAAGUGGCACUGUUCCCCCACUGCCUGCUGCCCCCAGCCAGGGCCCCUCGGCCGAGCCCACAGAACCCUCCUGUAUCUGACCACAGUACCUGAAAGGAGCGGGUGCCCUUCUAGGAAGGCAGACCUCCCCCGCACCCCGGGCAGGAAUAGCUGCUUGUGUUUCCUUUCCCUGUUUAAAGAUGUUGGGGCUUGAGCACGCCCAGGAUGUGCCCAGAUAAGCGAAGGCACGGGCAGUUUGAGCUGGUCCUGGCACUUCCCCUCGCCGCUUGUUUCUUCCGCAGUCAAGGUCGUUUCAUUGCUCUUUGUUCCCCAAGACCCACAGCGGUGAGCCUUGUGCCGUGUGGGGCCAGCAUUAGUCAGACUCUUUGCUGCAGUCUCAGACUGUUAGGGAGCAGCCGGGAGUGUUGCUAUAGCACACACAGCCUGGGGCCAGGGAUUUCCUGUUUGAGGCUUUUCUGUGGCAGGGAGUGUGCUGGGUUUAAUCACCUCACAAAAUCCAAUAAAUAUUUAAUCCCUCUGUGGACAUAGUCACUUCCAGUGGGAAGGAAAAUAACUUCACCCACUGCAUCUGAGGAGGAGCCUCCCUGCAGCUCAGCUUGCUGGCCCUGGCUUUGAAGCUGGAGCCGGACUGGGCAGCUUGUCCUGCGUGUUCCUGUGUCACCAGUGCGUGGUCACUUGGAGUGCAAAGAGCAGUGGCAGCCAGGCAGGGUGGCAGAGCCAGCCUGCUCCUGGCACAUGGCAGUGUCAGGAGCAAGAGAUGGGCAGGAGGGGUGGUUAAAUUAGAGCUGUGGAUAAAUGGGGAUAUGUCACGGGUGUAUGCUGCAAAUCUCUUCACGUGCUGGGCAACUAUAUUGAUGUGCCAGGGUUUGGCUAUGGGCCAAACAAACGAAGUGAGGUUGUAGUUCAUUCUUUUGGGGAUUUUCCUCACUUUUGUAAAGAAAUCCACCCCUUUCCCUUCGUAGCUUUUAAGGUAAACUUAUUUUUUAAUUGUUUGAUGUCUGAGCAGUAUUACUUACAGUCAAAAAACUCAACCCCUGCCUUGGGUCUUGAGCUGUGCUGUGUAUGGGUAUGGGCCACGCCAUGCAGGGUGUGUAGGGCUGUGUGUGCCAUGCCACAGCUCCUGCCCCUGCGGCCCUGGCUGUGCCACAGGGUGUGCUGCCUCAGCACUGCUUGGCAGGGACUGGCUUUGCAUUCUUUUGAACUGUUCUGGGUUUCCCCACAGAGCCUCACAGGUGGUGUCAGUCUCUUCAAGUCACGCUGGCUGGUGCUCCAGCAGGGCUGGACGCUGCACCUGAGCCUUGCAGGACUCAGCAGUGAGGCUCCCCCAGCUCCCUGCCAAGGGCUGCUCCCCACUCUCACUGUGCUCAUGGCAGGCACCUUCCUUCAGCUGUGGCGACAAAACCAGCUGUGUUUACAAGGGCCAGAAGUUCAACAGGUAGGCUUUAGCCCACCCUAAGGCCCUUUGGCCAGGCUGCCUCGAGCCCAGCCAGAGCCCUCAGGGAACCAUGAGAGCCUUGAAACCAGGAAUAACGCUGUGACUCAGACAUCAUAACAACGGUGAUCCCUGAGCAGGGAACUGCUUCAGUGGGGAACCAAUGGACUUGAUACUUGACUUUUGCUUUUUAAUAGUAUUUUCAAAAUAAUACAUAGAAUGUAAGGGAGAGAAAUUCCUGUAGUGCUGGAUCUCACACCACAGCUUCAGGAAGCCAUUUGUGCCAAGCUGGCAUGGCUCACAGAGAAGUGAAAGAAAUGAAAUAACUCUGCAUCUGUGCAAACUCGAGCUAGGACUGAACAGUGGAAACACUCCAGUGCGAUGGGGUUAUUUUUUAACAAGUGAGUGGUUUCCACACCAGUCUUGCCUGGAAGUCUGAUUUGCAGAGGAAUUUGUAUGAUAAGUUUAAAUCCAGCCCUCUUCUGGGAACCUCUUAAACAUAGACUUAAAAUAGGCACAUACUUCACUGUUGUUAAAGUGUUUAUUCUGGUGAACAAUUGGUGAACAUCCCUCGGGUGCUGUUUCUGAACAGGGGGCUCAUGAGAGCUGUCCCUCCAAUGUGCUUCUACAGAAAUAGGCAAUACUAAAGAAACCUUGGUGUUACUGAUCUGGGCACACUUCUUGGAAGAGUCUGCAAGUGUUGGGGGGAGAUACCCUCUCCAUCUCAGAUUAUUUAAUACUUCAGACUGAGGUGCUUUUCAAAAAGAAAGUAAUCACUACAUUUCUGUAGCCAUGGUUUUACCCAAGGGAAUACAUGUUGUUUUUUACGGUAGAUGAUAUUUUUCUUAAGGGUUACGAAUAGGUUAUUUAUAUUUUUGUAAAUUCUGCACCGUUACCAUUGUAAUUCUGCUGUAGCAUUGUUUCUGUUGGGUUUGGGGUGUUGUCUGUGUUCAAAUCAAGCAGAAGCUGAAGCUCCUGCCCCUUGAUAAUGAAAGGGGGUUGGUCCCUCACAUUCCUCCAGACCUGGUGCUCUUGAGUGAUGUGUGUUUGUAGUUCAAUAAAUUUUGGAGCCAG